AUGGACAGACCAGCCUUGCUAGCCAUCAAGGGUCAAAUUCUUGAGGACCCCUUCACGGCCUUUAGGUCAUGGAAUGAUUCUAUCCACUUCUCUAAUUGGCAAGGUGUUAUUUGUAGUCGUCGGAAUGAGAGAGUGACCAUCCUAAACUUGUCCUCCCUAAACUUGGUGGGUUCAAUUUCUCCUCAUAUAGGAAACCUUACCUUCCUUAGAGAGAUUCAUUUUGACAACAACAUCUUCAAUGGCACCAUCCCCCUAGAAGUUGGUAGAUUGUAUCGGUUGCAAUAUCUUUGGCUUGGUUAUAACUCUUUCCAAGGUGAGUUCCCUACCAAUUUGACUCAUUGCUUAAACAUCAAAGUCAUCAGCAUGCAUACUAACAAUCUUGUAGGAAAAAUUCCUAGAGAGGUAGGCUCAUUGGCCAAUCUCUUAGAAUUGCAUCUUUACAAGAAUCAUCUCACUGGCAAUUUACCACCUUCACUUGGGAAUAUCUCUGCUCUUCGUAAACUUACUCUAAGCUUCAACAAUCUGGAGGGAAACAUUCCUUUCCAACUUGGACAGCUUUCCAACUUACAGUCUCUUCAAUUGGGUGCUAACAAUUUGUCCGGUGAGGUUCCUACCCCACUUUACAAUAUCUCAUCCAUCAAUCACUUUAUCCUAUCUAUGAAUGAAUUUCAUGGAUAUCUCCCUCCAGAUUUUGUGUUGAACCUUCCAAAAUUACAAUUAUUUUAUUUGGCUCUCAACCGAUUGUCUGUGCCCACUCCACCAUCAUUAGCCAAAGCUUCAAAUCUAAUGGAAAUUGAUAUUCCUGGAAAUGCUUUUACUGGCCCUAUGCCAAUGAAUUUGGGAAGCCUUCGUUAUCUCGAAUGGCUGAACUGUGCUCAUAACUCACUUGGAAGAAAUAAAGAUAACGACUUGGAUUUUAUCAAUUCUUUAAUGAAUUGUACAAAUCUAAGAGAUCUGUACUUAACUGGCAACGGAAGCAUACCAGUGGGUAUUGGAAAUCUCAUUAAUUUAGAGGUUUUAGCAUUGAGUGAGAACAUGCUCACAGGCAGCAUUCCUGAAUCCAUUGAAAAUAUGCUAGAAGGAAGCAUACCUGUUUCUUUGGGGGAUUGCAAAAGCCUACAAGAAUUAGCUCUUGAAUAUAAUCGCCUCACUGGUUAUAAUCAUCUAACUGGACCAUUAUCUCCACAAGUGGGAAACUUGAAAAACCUUGUAGAGUUGGGUAUUUCAGGAAACAAACUUUCAGGAGAAAUCCCAAGCACUAUUGGGAAUUGUAUAGUUUUGCAAUUAUUGCACAUGGACGGUAACCUUUUUGAAGGAACUAUACCAUCACCUUUGAAGCAAUUACGAGGCAUUGAAGAUCUAGAUCUUUCUCAUAAUAAUUUGUCUGGGGAGAUUCCAAGGUUUCUAGGAGAGUUUCCAUUCAUUCAAAAUCUGAACCUUUCAUAUAACACAUUUGAGGGUGAAGUUCCAUCUGAAGGAUUGUUCAUGAAUGCAAGUGCCUUUUCAGUUGUGGGAAAUAACAAGCUAUGUGGAUGA